CUCAUCACUCCUUGAUUCAGCAAAAAAUGUCGUCCGCGACCAGCGCCAUCGAGCUCGUCCGGCGCUUUGGCGAGCAGCUUCAACCCGACGCGGUCGCUCUCUCGGCGUCGCUCGUCGCGUCCAUCCAGCCGCGUGAGCAGCACUCAUCCGCCGCGGCACUGGCUGGCCAGGCCAACCCGACCAACGCACCAGGCUCGGGAUCCGCUCAAGCGUCCUCAUCGUCAUCGUCGUCGUUUGCUGCGGCUCCGGGAUCGGCUGCUUCAGGCGCUGCGUUUGGAUCCAAUGCUCAAUCCGCUGCCUCCAGUGCAUCCAGUGCUGCUGCUGCUGCUGCUGCCGCCGCCGCCGCUUCGAACACAGGGGCAUCUUCCAGUUCGAGUGCAACCAGCGGCGGCGGAGGUGGCACGAACGCAGAGCCGAUCGAUGCGCUGCGGCUGCUCGUCAAUCUGCUCUCAGUCUCGGCCGGCGGGCUCACCGGACCAGGUCGCUCGGUCGGCAACCGCAUCAGCACCAAGGCAUCGGGUGAACUUAUUGCGCACCUGUUCUCUGUCUUGUCGGAUGCAGGCCAGGUGGGAUUUGCUCAACCGGGACGCGUGUGGCAGUUGUGCUCGAUGGCACUUCGCCAAAUCGACUUGACUGCCGUGGGCGCGCUUCCAAUUCCUGUUGGAUUCGGAGCUCCAAUUGACCUCCGACGAAUUCCCCUCAUUCUACCAGUCUUGUUGGCCGUUUCUUCCGCCUGGCAACUCAACAAGCACAUCCCGCAAGCGGUUGAAUGGGUGUGCGAUGCAUCGCUGAGCGCCACUGCUCCUCGAAUCCGCUUGUCGUCGCUUGCGAUGGUUGCUGCCCUCUCCCGUUACCAGCUCCAGCUGCACUACAGAGCGUGGUGGCAACACCAUCAGCUGCUGCAGCUGAUGCCACGACAGCAGCACCAGCUCCCGCACAACCAAGAGACGGCGCCUCCCCAAUCGCCCAUCCCGUCCCCUGGGCUGACUCCGAGUGCUCCUCCCGGCACCUUGUCUGCAUCCAGCACCAUUCUUGAUGCAGACUCGAUGGAUUCGCUCAACGAUCAGCUGCAAGAGCUGCUGCACGAUCCAGGCAGCCAAUCCCGCCCUGCCGAUUCCAAGUCUGCGCCGCGUCAGCUGUUUUCGUCUCAACGCAAGUCGCGUCCUGCUUCGAGCACCGUGACUGAAAACGACAUCCGGUCCCAAGACGCCUUUACUGUCUUGAGCCUGCAGACCCCGCUCUUCCCCGAGCAGCAGCUCUUGAACGUGCAAGCCUUCUCCAUGCUGCACGCUUGGCUUCUCUGCCAUCUCUCCUCCAUCCGAGCCUCGGCGGAUGUUAUUCCGACAGGCUCCACUGCCUCCUCGGCAUCAGCCAGUGGUGAUCGCCUCGACUCGUCCUUCAAAGAUGCUGUGGUUGAGUACUGCCUUCGCAUUUUCGACCAAGUCGAGACCCGAACCCAAGCCGAUCGUCAACGCCUUGGUGAACUUGACCGAGCGGAUGCAGCAUUGAUUGAAGCAAUCCGCAUCCUCGAUGUCCUGGGCCAGAUCGAUCCCUCGGUGGGUCCUCGGGUCUUCCCUGCCGUCAAGCGCCUGUUUGGCCGAAACGCCACAGAUUUCACCAAGGGCCCGCUGUUGGUUGUGAUUCUCCAGUUUCUUCUCAACCACGCUGAUGCGGUCAUGUUCGAUCCCGAGCCAGUGGUCAAGGCUUUGCUGGUGGAUGUGCUCUCGAACGCCUACUGGGACCAAACAACCGCCUUUGAUACAAUCGACCUUGUGAUUCGCAAUGUUGAUGCACUGUUGGCAAUGCAAUCUGGACCGCAGCAGCAACAGCAACAACACCAGCCUCAGGCCGUGUCCCACCAAAUGCCUCUCGGACAUUCUCAGUUCCAGCAUCACUCCGCUCAGCAGGCACCCAGCGGCUCGUCGGGCGUCCAUCACAUCAGCGUCUUGUCGCGGUACUCGCCCAACCUUCUCAAGCUACUCGCCUGGAACCCGCGAUCGUUUGUCACGGAAGGCCUUCAGCUCAUUCCCACGUUGCUGGGUCCCUCGACCGUGAUUCCGCUCUUUCAUGCCAUCUUGGACUUGCCACUUGUUACCAUUGCGCUAGAAAAGGGCAAGUCUGUGCUCGCUGCACUUGCGCCGCCCUUGGAUGGCCCAGGAAAUCCGCUUUCUGUCGGCGCGGGUCAAGCAUCAAUGUCAGCCGAGGGCAUUGGCAUGGCCGCUGGACCCCAUGCGGGUGCAAUGCAACCGACACCCUUCUCCCGUGCCGGAACCGUGGGGUCGUUGGCGUUUGCGCCCGACAACAGCUCGGCUGGGUUGAUCGCGCCCGAUUCCAAUUUGCCUUAUUCCAAUCAUCCUGCCUUCAAUGAACAGGCCACGGCCGCCGCGCUUGCCGCACAAUUCCCACUCCGACCCAUCUAUCUGCACUUGUUGCGCGACGAAGCCGGUGCUGGCGUCGACAGCACAGACACUGGCUUUUUGUGGACUGGCAGCUUGGCGGGUCAACUGGACAAGUUUAUGCAAACCGCUCUGGCAAAUCCAUCCCGACGGAUGCUCGCCACUUGUGAGUUGGUUCCCCUUCUUUUGCAGCGACUGUUCUUGACCGUGCUUGAGGACACUCCCGCGGGCGAGACAACGCUCGUUCAUCGACAACUUCUGCAGGCGCUGCUCUCUCGCUUCACUCGGCUCUUUGCCAUGGGGGCCUACCAGCACACAGUGCGGCACACAAUGUCCGAGCUGCUUUUGACCUUGUUGGCCGCCCAUCCGCGCUUGAUUUUCGAAUCGCGGACCCACAUUUCCGAUUUCCUGACGCAGCGCACGGAAGCGUAUUCUCGUGAGGUGUUUUUCCUGAACUUGAUCUGGGCUAUCGGAGAGUACGCCUCUCCGCAGUACGACGCACGGUUGACGACUGAUACGCUUGUCCACUAUUACGAGAUUCUUGAGCUCUUUGCCUAUGAGGUCAACAUGACUGCAGCUGCGGCAUCUCGCAACGUCGAGGCCUCUUCUGGCGCUGGCUUUACUGCUCGUCUCAUGACAUCGUUGAUGACUGCACUUGCCAAGCUGGCCGCUCGAUGCAUGGAUCUUGCACCUCGCGUUCUGCUUUGUCUUGCCAAAAUUGUCAAGCAGCACUCGGGCGACUCGGCCAAAUCGGUCCCACCACUGUUCAAAUCGGUCGUUCUGAAACGCGCGCAUGAGCUGAUCAACCUGUUGCAUUUCCCGAGCAUUGCCAGCUCCAUUCUGAGUGCGAGCUCCUCCAGGCAAGAGGCGCAUCCGAAUCUGUCUCAAUUGCUGCUCUCGACUCGGCACAAGACUGCCUUUGCCGAGUAGUUGCAGGCCUUGCAUGAACAGACUACUUGCUCGAUUUAUUUGCACAGAGGCUGCUUUGUACAAUACACUCCAUUUACC